AUGAUGGGCCGACAGACAGCUGUAAGCCCCGCCCCCUCAGCUGUCACUCAGCCUGAUGAGCCGCAGCUGCUCCUCAUAAAGCCUGUGCAGACGCUGCGCCUCGUUUGGUCUCUUUUAUUUUUGUUUGUAGCGAUGAGAGUCUUUGGUUUGGUUUGUUUGGCGGCGAUGCAUCUGUUUCCAGGUGUGUGUGGGGGCCCCGCCCUGAGAUGCAGCAGAGGCUCCAGCUCCUGUGCUGAUGGUUCUUCCUGUUUCCUGGACUCACAUCAGUGCGACGGAGAAACUGACUGUUCCGACGGAUCCGACGAAGAAAACUGUGCCGUAAACUGCACCGAGGCGGACCCGUGUCCGAGGCCGCGGACCCGUGUCCGAGGCAGCGGACCCGUGUCCGAGGCAGCGGACCCGUGUCCGAGGCAGCGGACCCGUGUCCGAGGCCGCGGACCCGUGUCCGAGGCCGCGGACCCGUGUCCGAGGCCGCGGACCCGUGUCCGAGGCCGCGGACCCGUGUCCGAGGCAGCGGACCCGUGUCCGAGGACCCGUGUCCGAGGACCCGUGUCCGAGGCCGCAGACCUGAGGCCGCGGACCCGUGUCCGAGGCCGCGGACCCGUGUCCGAGGCCGCGGACCCGUGUCCGAGGCCCUUGGUCCUGGACUUCUCCUCUUUCUACCAGUGUUACAUCAAACUGUAUUAA